GGCAGUUUUGCUCGAGGAGACCGAUUCAAAGAUGGCCGCGCCGCGGUCGCUCGAUCAUCGUGUCGUGCUAAUCUCGAGGUAUCCUUCGGGAUCGCGCGCACAGCCUGUCUGAGCUCCCGUCGCGGUCGACAGUGUUUAUUCGGUGCGCGAGUGAACGGGUGAUGAUCUAACGGGUGUUUCGUUGCGCGAUCAUGAAUUGCCAUCAGAUACUGAGCGGCGCCUGCAAUGCGGGCGAUCGUUGUUACGCCGUUGGCUCCGUCGAGGGAAUUUCCUUCACGGCAUAUGCAGCUGGCUGUAACAUUGUGAUCUUGGCUAACAAUUUCGAACGAGUGCAGAUCAUUCCUGGGGCUGUACACAAUUACAUCAGAAUUAGUUGUCUGGAUUGUAGUACAGAUACAGGGAAAAUAGCUGCAGCAUAUGAAAAUCAAGUCUGCAUUUUUGAGCCAACACCACUUAUACACAGCACUUGUUCACAUCAAUUAGAGUACAGAUGGGUUCAAACAGGAAGUCUACAAACCGAAUCGAACAUUACUUCUUUAUCAUGGAACUUAGAAGGAACAAGAUUGUUAACAGGUGGCGAGCUGUUACAACUAUGGCACCAAAAUAUUACGCCAUUUCAGGAAGAACACAUACUGUUACCUACAGCUACAAAACCAAAAACAAUACAAACAGAGGAAGUCAGUAUGACUGGAAGCAAUCAUAAUGUUACAGCAAACACUUCUCAGGAUCCUGGUGCAGUAACAUUUUCAAUCGGAGGAGAAGCUGAAAGUCCUGGACCUGGAGAUACUUCCAGUGCAAAUGACCUUGGUGGAUGGAAUUGCGUAUGGAAAUGUCGUACGGCUACACCAGUCCAUCUUAUGAGCUUCAGUCCUGACGGCACUCUAUUUGCAACUACAGGAGUGAAUGACAGAUUGGUCAAAAUCUGGUUCGAACACAAGCAAUUGUUUCCAGGAAGAAGCAUGGAUCAUGCAAGUUUUUCUCAGGCAAUGGGUAAUGAUAAUUAUAGUUUUGUUUACGUAGCACAUCCCCGUGCAGUAACACAUCUUUCUUGGCGCAAGACAAGUAAAUAUAUGCCAAAGGGCUCUGUAUCCAAUAUGUUAGUUACCUCAUGUCGCGAUAAUAUUUGUCGUGUUUGGGCUGAGACAAUACCGCCUGAAAUUGAAGGUCUGGCCAACAUGAGCCAAUUCGAAGGCUCUGAUAGGCACGGUCAUCAUGGCAAACAUCGUCAUCAUAAUAUGCACAAACACCGGUUUAUGCAACGCCUCAAACACAUGAAGACAUGCUUUCAUAUUCGGCGGCACGCUAAACAACAACAUCAAGCCGGUCAUACAGCACCGACUUUACCAACGCUUCCAUCUACGUAUUCUGUGCACGAUUUUCACAAUAAUUACCAAACUUCCGGUCAUUAUCCAGGGAUGCAUUUCCACUUAGCAGCCAGUAUCAAUGCAGAAACUGAUAUACCGCUAGUACCAAGCCUAAUUACCGGAGACCCGGAAAGAGAGCCGAAUUUUAUCUUACACUGGCUAAAUAACAAAGAAAUGCACUUCACCAUGCAAGCCGAAAACAUAUUGCAGGAGUUGACGCGUAAAGUAGUAGAGAAAGAGGAAGGUUUGCAACAUCAAGAUACUGAACAUGCAGAACAUGAUUCUGAGGAUGAAUGUACACCAAAAAAAGGUGUUCGGCUGCAAACAGCUCAGAAACCAGUGGUCGGUGGCCGCUCAAUGAGCCAAGAGGAUCAUAGUAGUGAUGAACAUCAUACUGCACAUACUACCUCGUCUCAUCAUAGUUUAGUCCACAGUGUACAUUCUCACCCGAGCCUCAGCAAUACAACAUCGAUUAACUCCAUAGCGACAGACGCAACGUCUACGAUGAAUCAUGCGCCGGAUUCAUUGGAUACCAAGAUCGAAACGUUGUUGCGUGAUUGGCAUCAUAAUCCAGAUUUACUUUUUUCAAUACAUCCAAUAGACGGAAGCUUUUUGAUCUGGCAUAUUGAAUGGUUAGACGAAUAUCAUCCUGGAUCUUUCCGACAAGCGCAAAUCUCCUUCUCCACUCGUAUUCCAAACGCAUUUCCACUUGGCGAUGCGUCAACGAUGAGCCACAAUGUAUCGAUGUAUUCUCACAAUACCGGCGGACCUUUACUGAAUAUUCGAGAGGUCGCAAAAUCCUCAACGAAAACCGACCCCAGCGAGAUCGCGACACCUUUACCUAGUCUUAUAGAACAAGACGAGGAACAAUCUACUUUGACAUCAAGAGCGGGUCAAGAAUUGUUGAAGAAUAUUGAAAGCACGAACGACCAAAGUCAAACGGCUGCGAAAGCGGAGACUAGCGCACUGGAGAGUAAUAAAAGUGGACAAGAUACGGAUCUGUUGACUCACCCUAGUCCGAUCGUCUCUAUGGUGUCGAAACACUCGAACGGCACAUUAAAUCUAUGGCAGUUGACGUUUGCGGAUAAAACGAAAUUUUCGCAGGUAUUAAGUAUAGGUCACGCAUGCAGGGCUUCUGGACAUCGCUUCCGUGUGAAUGAUAUUACUUGUCAUCCCGUUUUACCUCUGCUUGUAACAACCUCUCAUCAUAACAUACCCGAAUAUUCUGGCGCUCAGUCGACAGAAUCGAGCGAAAAUAUCAGUAUCAAGCAGGAUACUUGCAAGGGCAAGGAUAUUAUGUCUCCUACCGGUUUCUGCAGCGAACUGAUAUUGUGGCGAGUAGACGCUGUAGGGCCUCUGUCGAAGAGCGGCGGAGUUUCCGAAUUGGCGCGUAUCAAUUCACCGGAGAUAUCGGCAUUCAGUAACGUAGCCUGGAUCCCAACAUUGUUGCCGAGCACGACAUUGGGUAACUUGUCCAACUCUCCCAGCGCCUGUUUUGUAGCGAGCGACGGUGAAUGCUUGAGAGUGUAUCAAGCUGUCAUCGAUGCUAGAACACUACUGGCAGAAGUAUCGAUCAGCGAGAGAAGAAGCAGGAUGAUGGACUCCAUGGCCAGUCUGUCGACGGACAUGUCGUCCGACGACGGUGUCAGGCAUUCCAUUCACGACAGGAUAAAGAUAGUAUCUCAGCAAUCGACAGCAAGACCAGGAUGUGUUAUACAAUUGGACGCUAUCUCCGAUGCUACCCACGAUUGGCAGAAUACCCAAUUCCUGCAUGUGUUUCAAGAACAAUUGAUUACAGGCGAGAGAAGCGACGAGAAGCUGCCUGGCUUCGACACAUCGUCCAACGACUUGGGAUUCAUGGAGUCUACGUUGGAUGCUAUGGUGGAUCUGCAGCAAUCGGCGAUCUUCGAAGAACCAUUUUACAUAGUGGUUCUGGAGCGUACACAGCAGGGUACUACUGUACAUAUGUGGCGAUUAGUGAUAGCUUCGCAGCCCGAAACUAGCGGGCUGUCUGGUUCGAUGAUGUACGUCCCGGAUUCCCAUUUAGUGCAGGACGAGGAUGAAGAAGGAACACCGGGUAGAUUGAGUCAUGCAGAAGGCAGAAGAUCACGCAGACCUAGUCAGACACGAAGUCGACGUGAAAGUCAAGCCGAUCUGGAUUCAACGUUCCUACAUCGUCGUCAUCAGAACAGCCACGUUCUAAUUACGACCACGAAAGUAUGCACUCAGGAAUUGCCGUUGCCUGACGGAGUGGAGGUGAUUCACGCCGCCCCGGCUGCUGGACACUUGAGCAGCUCUUCGAUAUAUCCCGCUUGCUUUGCGCCGUACAUUAUCGUGACGGCUUGUAGUGACAGCACCGUGCGCUUCUGGAAGUGCAAAGUGACGAAGAAACCGGAUGACAAGCUGGACUAUGAGUGGUGCGAAUGGGAGAUGACCAGAAAGGACCAGGAAUCAGCUAUCGAUAUCACUGGUCAACCGUUGAAUAUCAGCGCGGCUUACAGCGGGCGCAUCGCCUGUGCCUACAAGUACGGAAAGUCGUUUACGCGUCCUACGAAAAACGAUCCGGAUUCACGUUAUGUGAAUCUCUGUGUCGCCAUAUACGAGUGCGAGAGCACAGGUGGCAGCGAGUGGAUUCUGGAGGACACGAUUCAUCUGAAGAAUAUUCACCUGCCGCGAAUACCGGUGGAUCAACAUCUAGAUCUUAGCUAUUUGUACGACAGUAGAUUCUUGCAGAAGAAACAGAGACUAACUCAGGUAUUGCAGACUCUCAGUCACGAGGAUAUCAGAUCUUCGAGGAACGGGGAGAACGGCGAUUCUACGAAAGCUGGUCUGUUAGCUGUCCCAUCAUUCAGUACUCUACAGUCCUUGCGGAAGUCGAUUAUCGAGAACGGCAAUACGUGCCCACUCACACAGAAGCAUCUGGUGCAGCUUGACUGGGUGUCCAAGGAGGACGGCUCGCACAUUUUAACUGUGGGUGUCGGCUCGAAAAUCAUGUUGUUUACCCCAGUGUGCUCCGAUCUAGCGCAAGCUAACAUGAAAGCGAUGAAGGAAUCUCAAAGUAAUAACAGACCGAUACUCAGAAAGACCUCAUCGCUGGCGCAGCCGCAAUUCGUCGACGAGAUCCGAUGGAUGAAGCUUCGUAAAAUCGAGUUGACGACGGCAGACGGCCUCCCACCUCUGCCUAUGCAGAUCUCUUGGGUACGGGACGGCAUCCUCGUUGUUGGCAUGGACUCCGAGAUGCACGUGUAUUCUCAGUGGAAACCGAAUCCGAAGAACGAUUGUUUUCACUCCAAUCUGCAGCAUCAAGAAUCCGAUGAGUUCCAGGCGAGUCGUAACUUGCGCGAUGAGGAUCUGCGAACGUUGGCGCAUGAAACGUCCCAGAGGAGACUAGCGAACGUGUCUUCCAUGCCGCAUCUGUCGCGCGUCAGCAGUAUCAAUCUGACGAUGUUGGACGCGAAGAAGAAACGCGGUAUGCAGAACGAAAACCUGAGUUUCGAUUACAUGCCGGAUUACGGAUUGUUCGAAGCGUCGAGGAUAGCUUGUCCCGUUUUGCCUCAGUACCAUCCGAAGCAGCUGAUGGAGCUGUUGAACUCGGGAAAGAUCAGAUGGGUGAAGGCCAUAUUGGCGCAUCUAGUCAGAUGUAUCGGUAGUUCUUGUUCUCUACGAGUCGACGACGAGAACCUGGUGAAGCAGCGCAGCGGAUGGUCACGAUCGAGAACGAUGUCGGUGAGUUAUGCCGGCACGACCUCGCCAUUGGAACCUAGAGGUUCGACGACACAGAUACCGGAGGAGUUGACUUUGGACUACGCCGAGAUUACUUCUAUCUCUCCGCUUCCGUUGUGGACUUUAUUGAUGGCAGACAAGGAGACCAACCUGUUGCAUCAGCAAAACGAAGACAAGCACGACUAUAACGAAUUAUUCGACAGUAAUUUGGACGAGGGAGAAUCGUUGGAUGAUAUGUUGGAAGAAGAUUACGAGUGCUCGCGGCAGAAAGACAGGCGAUCGUCUGUGCCGGAGAGACAAGGUAUAUCUCAUUUCGGGCCUCGACAGGGCAGGCUGUUGUCGCGCCUCUUGACGCAUACCCAUCUCCCGGGUUUGUCCAGUCUCGACCAGAUGCAUCUUCUCGCCUUGGCUGACACUGUCUCGACUUGUAACGUUGAUUUUGCGGAGAGAUUCGCGAUCGACGCAGCGAAGAACGCGAUCGCCAAGGAAAAUCUGACCGGUAUUCCGGAUGGCGAAACUGUGUCGACCGAUUCAUUAGACGAUUGCGGUCUCAGGUUCCUCUUAGCGAUGAAGCAUUAUAAUUAUCUUAUACGUUGUCUGCCGUUGGUGCAGAGAGCGCAAUUCCAGAAACAGGGAAUCGCGUCGAAUAAUCUCGUAUGGGCAUUCCACUCUGAGUCCGAGGAAGAGCUGCUGGGAUUAAUCCCCUCUUAUGCCAAAGGUCAACCAAAGUGGUCCGUAUUGAAGGAACUUGGGGUAGGCUGGUGGAUCAGGAGCAACACUGUGCUCAAAAGGUGCGUGGAGAAAAUAGCGAAAGCAUCUUUCCAGCACAAGGAGGAUCCUUUAGACGCAGCUGUCUACUACUUGGCAAUGAAGAAGAAGAACUUGGUAUGGGGCCUGUUCAGAAAUAAGCGUGACGAACGAAUGACUUCCUUCUUCUCGAAUAACUUCAUCGAAGACCGAUGGAGAAAGGCAGCCCUGAAGAACGCUUUUGCUUUGCUUGGGAAGCAACGUUUUGAACACGCAGCAGCGUUCUUCUUGUUAGCCGGUGCGUUGAAAGACGCCAUUGAUGUAUGUUUGAAUAAGCUGAACGAUAUUCAGCUGGCGAUGGUGAUAGCGAGACUUUACGAGAAUGAUACGUCAUCUCCUAACAUGAGAAGAUUGCUAUACGAGGAGAUCUUAGGCUGCGAUAAGGAAGGACAAAAUCAAGAUAUGAGUAGAGUACAUCCCGAUCCUUUCCUGCGAAGUAUGGCUUUGUGGAUCUUAAAGGAUUAUUCCGGUUCUCUCAAUACUCUGCUUCUGACCAACGUCGGCAAUAUGCAUCCACAGUACAACGAUGAGUCUGAUAAACCAGAGGGAACAACUGCGAAUCCAAACGUCUUUAACUUCUAUGUUUAUCUUCGCACACACCCGUUAUUGAUUAGGCAGUAUAUUGCGUCCACCGCGCAAGAUAAGAAGAAAGGACACUCGGUAGUAAUUUCAGGAUUCAGUUACGGCACGGAGACGAAGAGUCAACCGGACAAACAGCUGAUGUUGGAAGACACUAUUACGCCAUUAGAAAGGCAACUAUAUUUCACGACUGCACACGCACAUUUUAAAGCUGGCUGCCCAGCCCUCGCGCUCGAAGUUUUGUCUAAAUUACCUAAUAAAGUUAUGGAUACAAAUGGUGAAGAUUCUCCUAGUUUAUUAAAUAGUCCGAACAAGUCCAAAACUCAAGAUGUUCAAAUAGAUACGGGUAUUAUUAAUUGGGGAAAUGAAUCGAAUAUAAUAACGAAUAAUAAAGACUCAGCUGCCUCUGUAGAUUGGGAUACGCCGUCAUUCGAUUGGUCUCAGAGUAGAUGUAUGGAGGAAGACAAAUUAGAAUUAAAUUGGGACGAUGAUCCUGUAGACGGCGAUGAUGCCGAUAGUCCUCCCAUGAGUAUGAAACUUGACAAGAAAGUAGAAGAUGCGCACAAACCAGACAAUGAUAACAGUAAGGAAGACAAUGAUAACAAAGAUGUCGUAAAGUCAGCUGGACAAUUAGAUAUUAUGGCGCAGCAAUUAAAAUUUGUGGCUUGCCUAAAAAUCUUGAUGGAAGAAUUGUCUACGUUGGCGACGGGUUUCGAAGUAGACGGAGGUCAACUGCGAUACCAAUUGUACGUGUGGCUGGAGCGAGAAGUGGACGCGCUGAGGCAGCUUUGCAGUUAUAGUACUAAUGCAGAUGGAGAUAUGAACAACGUUGCCGAUUAUGAAGGUGGUAUGGUUGACGAUGUACCGCCAUACAAGCCCGGCGAGCAACCGACAUUACAUCAAAUAUUAGUGGCAGAAAAGUUGGACUUUGAAGCUAAAGUACAGAGAGCUGCUAAAAGAAAGAAAUGGUUGAAAGCUAAUGAAACAUUGUUGAGAACAUUAUUGUCAUACUGUUCGUUGCACGGUGCAUCGGGUGGCGGCCUAGCGUCAGUAAGAAUGGAAUUGGUACUCUUACUACAGGAAUUGCAACAAGAAAAGACUCAACAACAAUUGCUCAGUCCCUUGCCCUUCCCUACCACGCUACCUCUAUUAAGCGCCAGCGUUGCCUGCAACAAAACCGUCGUGGCCGAUCCAGUUCGACAUCUGCAGUCUCUCGCACAUGAUAUGCUGCAGACACUGGUGGAGCUACGCAAUCCGCCGAUGCCUAAUAGAAAUACGCAUUAUUGCGAAGUAUUUAUUAUGAGAGAUUUAGCGGUGGCACUUAGCGCCUGUAUUUAUCAGUCCCUUUGUGACUCGGAUACGUUCGUUAUGAAGCAUCAUCAACCAGAUAGUUUCCCAGUAGUCGCUGAAGUGGAAACGUUCUCAGGUGGCCACUUGGUAGCCUCAAACAGAAAUCGUCGACGAUACUCGACAGAUGACGGAGUCUGUAUAACUACUUCGCCUCCCAAGUGGCCGGGCGUGACUAAUUUACGCGCCUUGCUAGCUAGAGAAAAAGAUGAGGACACUCCGAAGUUGAACAUUUUACUCUGCGAAGCUUUCGUGGCGACAUACAUGAGUCUCUUUAUCUAUGCUCUGUCGAGUUGCGACAGUCACAUCUUGUAUAGAUUAGUCGGACAAUACUUCGAUAACAACACAUGGUCUUGUCUGUUUGGCGGUGGAGUUAAGAAGCUGUUGCGCGUAGCAAGCACUAGCAGCCAGAGCGGCAAUGCGGGCGGCGUCGAACGAACUGACAGUGUAGCGAGUGAAAUCCAAAGUACUGCUAGUGGCAUGUGGAGCACUAUGACGUCGUUGACGAAACAACGCGUCAAACUGAACAUGAAACUGUUGGGGCAAUUUACAGGUCAACAACCAAACAUGAAGGAAGACAAACCUACGUACAGAGAACAAUUUGUAUCGCCUCAAAUGAGCAUGAUUUCCUAUUUUCUCAUGAAGCCACGCAUAGAAGACGAAUACGCAGAUGAAAUUGAUUAUGAUUCUUCUGACUCUGCGGUGUCGGAUUUGGAUACUACAGAUGAAGAGGAGGACGUAUUCGACACGAAUUCGAAACCAAAGAACAAACCAAAGGAUAAUACGGAACAUAGUAACUCUAAUUCGUACAGUUGGAACAUAAUGAGAUUAGCAAUAGUUAAAAUAUUGCAAGAGCAAUUGCAAGACUUUCUGACGGUCGCCGGCAUUGAAAUGCAAGAAUUACCUGUAAGUAGUCCACUAAUCCACGGUACACUGGGCAUUGUUGCACAGUGGCAAGAUUCUUUGCGCGAAGAACUAGAAAUCAAAGGUCCACCGCCAGCUAAUUAUAUUCCUGGCUGCGCACCGGAUCCCUCUCCUACGCCAGGGAAACCAGCAAUUCACAAAUAUCGAUCUUUGUUAGAAAAAGGGAAUACACCAUUUAAUACACGACUAGCAUCCGCAGCGCCUACCAAUCGUCUUUGGUGUUACUUGGUUAGGCAGGAAUUGGUUCAAGAUAUCUUUAUUCGCGCGGUAUUUGGAAAACGAAGAUCCUUGUCAUCGAUACUUGAAAGUGCUCAGACAGUCGUGGAUAGCGUACACCGCGGAACUGGAGAAGAUAAGGGUAGUGACAGCGGUACUACAAGUUUGCCGGAACCAGUCAGGAUUAUUCAUAAAGAACAAGAUAGCAUCAGUGCCUUCUGUCUUAAUCAGGUAAACCCAGGUUUAAUGGCCCUUGCUACACCUCGGGAAGUGCAAGAGAUGAACAUUUCCUUGCUCUUAGAACUUCCAUCAUGGUUAGAAGACGAAUGUGAAUUCGAUAUUAUUAACUUGAAUAAGCAACCUGAUCCAGAACCUGUACAGCCAACCAGUUUCUUAGUUAUACAGACCGCAGCAGAUCGUCCUUUGUUGGCACAGAGUCCUCAACCAAACAGUCCUCAAACUCAAUCAGGUAUAGCCAGUCAGAGUGGACGUGGCGCGAGUGUGAUGAAGGGGAUGCCUGCUUUUCCUGGCUCCCACGACCUGCGUUUCUGUCAAUUUGUUGCCGAUAGGAGCAAACACUUGUUACAACCGAUUCUGAAGCACAAAAUUGAUGGAAUCAGGAGGAUCUCUUCUCAUCCACUUUUACCAUUAUAUUUAACCGGAUCGCAAGACGGCUCUGUGUCGUUGUGGGAAUGGGGUCAUCAGACAGCGAUUGCUACUCCGAGAGCACCAGGCACCUUUGCUAAAGUGACUCGCGUACGUUUCUCUCAGCAUGGCAACAAGUUCGGCGUAGCAGAUUCCGAUGGCCAUCUAAGUUUGUUUCAAGUGGCGUGCCGCGAGGGGACGGCUCGACCGUUCUUCAAUUACCAAUGCCACAGUAAAGUGACCGCAGACUUCGUCUUCCUUGGCGCGUGCAGUCUCGUGGCUACUGCGGGUCAUGGCUCGGAGGGACGGAAUGUAGCAUUAUGGGAUACAUUACUUCCGCAGAACAAGUCUCUCGUACAAGGUUUUAUGUGUCACGAACAAGGGGCCAGUUCGUUGAUCCUGGCGCCGCAGCAUCAAUUGUUGAUCAGUGGCGGCAAAAAAGGCGAUAUUACUAUAUUUGAUGUGCGGCAACGACAACAGAGGCACAGAUUCCAAGCGCAUGAGUCGGCUAUAAAAUGUCUAGCGCUCGAUCCGCACGAAGAAUUUUUUGCUAGCGGAGCAGGUGAUGGCGACAUUAAGAUAUGGGCCUUGACCGUCCAUUCCCUGCUCUACUCAUUUCCUGCUGAACACCCACGGUCUAGUUUCUUCAAGAAUAUAGGGCAGGGUGUUACUCAGUUACAUGUGGAUUCUGCGGGACGAUUAUUUUCGUGUGGAGCAGAUGGUUCUAUGAAAGUCCGUCAACUGCCAGAACGCGAUUGUGUAGUACAAGCGCUUUAUUAGGAUUACGAACAAAAAUGAUGAUGAUGAAAGAGAUAUGAAUACCGUGCUAAAGUCUGCAUUCUGUCCUGAUUGAAGAAGGCUGAUAACAAUCUACAAUAAUCCGAUUUUUAAGGAAUAUCAAUAUAUCGCAUAUACGUGUAUAUGACUAUAUAGGAUAAAUUAAAUUCGCACUUGUAUCUGCUAUAUACACGUCCGUACGACUAUACGCGUGAUGUUAUGUAUACGUCUCUCUCUCUCCCUCUCCCCCUCUCUCUUGUUCGAUUGAAUAAUAUAUGUAAGGAACUUGUGGAAAGAGAAUAUUUACAAUUUUAUUUUGAUCACACGUUUUGUGAAUCUUCUGUUUAAAUCAUUGUAAGCAAAAUUUAUGGUAUUGUGUAUUUGACUAUAUAAUAAAUACGUGCAAAUUGUAAGUCAA